AGUAAAAUCUAUGUCAUAAUUUCUUUUAUAGCAUACAAUAUGGACAGAAACCAUUGACCACAUGUAAACAGACGUAAAUAACCUUUUAGUUUAGCUUGUCUUUUGUAAGAAAGAAUUAAAACAAACGGGACUAGACACAGUUGUUUUUGAAGGAGGAUUAGAAGUGUUUAAAUCGAUUUAUUGCCUGUGCUAAACGUAUGUUUAUCACGUAAGUUUGUAAUUCCAAACAACUAUAAAUCAAUUUAGGACCGAUUUUUCAAAACUUGUACAAUUUAUGACAGUUUAUAAAACUGAACCUCCAGUGUGAGUUUGUAUUACAGUGAUUAUUAAAGGAAGUUAACAUAGUGUAACGGUUUUCACUCCAUUUUAAAACAAUGGGUUGCGGAUCUUCGUCGGCGGGCACAUCAGCUAAUGACAAAAAUGAACAACAGCCGAAACAAGCAACAAAUAAUAGCACAAAAGAGAAUGCAAAUAAGGAUACCACACAAAAGAAAGCAGAGACUAAUGCACCUAGUAACACUACUAGUAACCAGUUUAUGAAUGAAGCUAUACAGUCGCAUAAUAAGUUAAGAGCAAUGCACAGUGCCCCUGCGAUGACACCAGCUGAAGAAUUAAUCGUCUACGCACAAAAAUAUGCAGAUGAGCUUGCAAAACGUGACGUUAUGGAACACAGUAAAUGCAUACUGCCAUCUGGAGGUCGAGUCGGAGAAAACCUUUACUGCUAUUGGUCGAGCGAUCAAACAGCCGUUCCUACUGCGGACAUGGCUGUGCAGUCAUGGUAUGACGAAAUCAAAGAUUAUAAUUUUAACGACCAUGGAUUUGCUAUGAACACUGGCCAUUUUACUCAAGUGGUAUGGAAGGGUUCAACAGAACUUGGAAUGGCCUGGGCCAAGUCAGCUAAAGGAACAACGUACGUUGUGGCUAAUUAUAGACCAGCUGGAAACAUGAUGGGAGAUUUUGAAAACCACGUGCUCCCGAAACAAUAACCAUUACGUUGAACACCACUAAAUCAUUUCCUACGCUAUUUCUAUAUGAUAUGACGCACAUUAAUACAAGCUGUCCUAACUAUCGGGAGAGAAGAACCUAGCUGUGACAUUGACAAACCCUUGUUUCUAAAACAAUAAACAAUAAGUUAAAAUGAUUUAAUCAUUUUGAUUUAUUUAACGUUUUAUGGAAGAAAAAAUAAUUUAGUGAUCACUGAUUUUCAAUUUACCAGAUCUGGACUUUCUACAAUUAUUCCAUGGAGCCUUAAAUAUAAGCCAACCUUUAUAAAUAAAUGACCAAUAACAUUAUUUGUUGUAAAAAAAUCGGCUGGGUAUGGGAAAGUUAAAUAGUACUCUCAAACCGCCUUUAAUUGACACUUUAUAUGAGAUUUUUCUACUCAUAAUAACUUUAUUGACGUAUACACACAUCUGUGAUAAAAGUCUGUAUAUUUUGCUCAAUUUUUAUAUUAAACUAUAUUUCAUUUGUUAUGUUAAUAUAUUUUAUUCUUAUAAUGCAUUUUAAAGCAAUUUAUCAUUCAAAUUAUUUUUAUUUACAAAAAAGCUAUACACUUAUUAUGCACUUAUUUGCUGUUACUUCUAUUAUGUAAUAAAUUAUAAAGACUU